GCCAUUCCCUCUUGCUCUUGACCACAUUCCCCAGGAAGCGCCGACAAUGGAAGUUGACACGCUCGCUCCGGUCUGGCUCCCUGCAGAGCUCGAGGACGAAAUUUUGUCGUGGGCGGCUAUCAUCGUUCCCAGCGACGCUCUUUCCCUCACCCUCGUCUCGCGACGAGUGCACAACGUCAUCAAUCCCCUCAUUUACUCCACCGUCGUCCUCGACUCCUCCGCGCGGCAUGUCGUGAACCUCGGGCGCGUGCAAAAGUUCCUGCGCACGCUGGACAUGAAGCCGCCUGCGUUCUUCGCGCGCACGGUCAAGAGCCUCUGCGUCACCUGCGCCGUCGGCCCUGAGAUCGCCACGCGCGUGCUCGCCAUCUGCUCCGGCGUGCAGCACUUGGCGUGCUGGGUCAAGUUCGACGACCGCGAGGCGAUCGUUCCCUUCCUCCACCGCAUGCCCCUCCGCAGCCUCAACAUCGAGCUUGGCACCUUCAACACCGUCCUCUCGCCCCUCUGCCGCGCACGGGACGACAGCGUGUCCACCCCCACCUCAGCACCGGCCACCGAUCGGCAAAUGGCCGUCUCCGCGUGCUCGUGGCCGUCCACCCUCAAACACCUCGAGCUCGUCUACUGGGAUACCCCGCCUGCGCUCGCCGACCUCACGGCGCUUCCAGCCCUCACCCAGGUCAAUCUGUUCUGGGGUCAGGACGGGCCGUACCCGGAGGCGAUCAGCACGGCCAUCGAAACCUGCGCCCGCCUCGAAAUCCUUCGUGUGCUCGUGUACGAUGCCGUCGAGGACAUAGACGGGCGGAAGAGUGACCUCCACAAGGACACCCGCGUUAAGCGCUGUGUUCCCGCGUCUCCAGCUGUCAAGAUGUGGUCAAACUACUUAGACGGCUCAGGCCCAGGCUGCUGGUCGCCUUGAGCGCGCCAUCCCACUGGAUGCUUUACGUGCUCAAAAAGUUACCGAGGGCCGUUAGAGAGCCUUCACUCUAUUUAUCUGAUCGGGUCUGCGGCGCCUGCCAGAGCCGGCGCAGCGUGGUUGGGGUAUUUAUCACUAAUGGGUUCCUUCUCGAAAGGACGUGGUCGCUGCCCGCGACAUAUACUACUAAUGGAUCUCACCUUCGUUAUACCUAGACCAAUAGAACUUCGUCACUGGAUAUAUCUUCGUCCCUUGUUAUGA